CUAAACCUAAUCCACCAUUCAUCACAACCCUCUUGAACCAUCUCUUUUUUCCAGCCAUGGCAAGCUCAGGCUCGCUCAUUUUCGUGCUCUUACCUCUCCUCCUCGUUCUUCCAUUGUUGGCAUCUCUAGGUUUCGCAGAUGCUGACAUUGCCUCGACCAGCCUCGUCUCGACCGGGACGAUAUGCACGUCCACUCCUUACCCUUCUGUAUGCAGGUCCAACCUGCCGAACAACGACACCGGCGACAUCUACUAUUACGGUCGCUCCUCCGUGCGCAAGUCCCUCUCGCAGGCCAGCAGGUUCCUCGCCCUGGUUGACAAGUACCUCGCCCAGAAAGCCUCCCUCACUGUUUCUGCUGCCCGCGCCCUCGAGGACUGCCGCUUCCUCGCCUCGCUCAACCUCGACUUCCUCCUCAGUGCCUUCCAGGUCGUCAAUGGGACGAGCUCGGCCCUCCCGAUUCUCAAGGCCGAUGACGUUCAGACAGUGCUUAGCGCUAUUCUGACCAAUCAGAUGACGUGCCUCGAUGGCCUCCAGUCGACUGCCUCCGCCUGGAGCGUGAGGAACGGCCUCUCCAUGCCGCUUGCCAAUGACACGAAGCUGUACAGCGUCUCGCUUGCGCUCGUCACAAGGGGCUGGGUGCCAAAGAAUAAGAAGGGCAAGGGCGGCGCCGGCGUGUGGCAGCCGAAGAGCAGGCAACUACCAUUCCAGAAUGGCCGCAUGUCGUUCACGAUGUCAAGUCGAACACGAGGAAUUUAUGAAUCGGUGACAAGGAGGACGCUCCUCCAGUCGAGUGGGGACAAUUCUGUCUUGGUCAACGACAUCGUGGUGGUGAGCCAGGACGGGACUGGGAACUUCACAGCCAUCAACGAUGCGGUCGCAGCGGCUCCAAACAACACCGACGGCACAAGCGGAUACUUCUUGAUAUAUGUGACCGCCGGUGUUUACCAGGAGUAUGUGUCCAUUGCCAAGAAUAAGAAGUAUCUCAUGAUGAUCGGAGAUGGCAUCAACCAAACGGUGAUUACCGGCAACCGGAGUGUGGUUGAUGGGUGGACCACGUUCAACUCCGCAACAUUCGCCGUGGUGGCGUCGAAUUUCGUGGCGGUAAACAUGACCUUUCGAAACACAGCCGGUCCGAAGAAGCACCAAGCUGUGGCUGUCCGCACCGGAGCCGACCUGUCAGUAUUCUACAGCUGUAGUUUCGAGGCGUACCAAGACACUCUCUACACGCACUCUACGAGGCGGUUUUAUCGGGAGUGCGAUGUCUACGGCACGGUCGACUUCAUCUUUGGCAAUGCGGCUGUCGUCUUCCGGAAUUGUAACCUCUACCCCCGCCUCCCAAUGAGCGGCCGGUCCAACAUGAUCACUGCCCGGGGCCGGACGGACGUGAACCAGAACACGGGCACAUCCAUUCACAAUUGCACAAUCAGGGCAGCCGACGACCUGGCCUCAAGCAAUACCUCUGUGCAAACGUAUCUAGGGAGGCCGUGGAAGCAGUACUCGAGGACAGUGUACUUGCAAAGCUUCAUAGGUAGUGUGAUAAAUCCUGCUGGGUGGCAAAUUUGGGAUGGGGACUUCGCACUAAGCACUCUAUACUAUGCGGAGUAUAACAACACCGGGCCUGGAUCGAACACCACGAGCCGGGUCACGUGGCCCGGGUACCACGUGAUCAACGCCACGGAUGCGGCGAACUUCACGGUGUCGAGCUUCUUGCUCGGGGACGACUGGUUGCCUCAAACGGGCGUGCCUUACACGAGCGGGUUGAUAUAAACGUCCCGCUCCAAUUCGAAAGGAAAAGACAACGAAAAAGGACUCUCCUAAGUGGAGAUGACGAAUUAGCUACAUUGGUUCUUUCAUUCUUGUUAUUUGUUUUCAAUGGGCAAUAAAGGAUACGGUCUUCUUGAA